AUGUUCAAAGUAGAGGCCGAGAACUACAAGCUGAGCCGGCCGGCGGAGGUCUUAGCCGACUUCCUGAGCCACGACUGGGGUAGCUCUCGGUGGAUGAAGUUCCUCACCAUGCUCAUCAUCUACAACUCGAAAGCCGCGCUGAUUGCAACAUUCCUGACUUCCCUCGCCCUCGGCGUCGCCCGCGCCGCCGGGGCCCUGCCGGAUCUGACACUUCCCCCUGUGGCCAUCGGCUAUGGCGUUCACCUCCUCUUCUUGUGCUUCUGGCAAAGAUUCCGCCAGAUGCUGUGCACUUGCAGGCUCGUCUUCUUCGACAAGCUGUGCAUCGCCCAAAGCCCUGAGCUUGCGGAGUUGAAGGCCAAAGGCAUUCUGGGCCUUGCCGCUUUCCUCAACCACUCCAAGCACCUCGUAACUCACUUUGUGACGUUUUUUUCUUUGCAAACUGUGCACGGGAGCAAGGUAUUAUGGUCGCCGGCUUACUUCAGCAGAUUAUGGUGCUCGUAUGAAGUGGCCACGUGGCUGACCGGCAGCAAUGAGCAGAAACCAAUUGUGGUCAUGCCAGUACAUGCGGGGCCGGUUUUACUCGUGGAAUAUGUGGCGUGGGCUGCGUGCUCGACUUCGUUUGCGUGUCUUGUGUCUGGCAUGUUUAGCUCCAUACAGGGCGCUGGUGCAAUCCCGGUCGUGGCCUUGCUGGUUGCCGUGACAAAUUCCUGGGGAGUACCCCUCUUGACCAUGGAGAUCAGCUUAGCCCGACACUUGCUGGAUGUUGAACGAUACAGGAGACUCGCUGCUUCUGUUGCUCAAACGAUCAUCGCCAUCCCGACACUGGUGCACCGUGAUCGGAAGUUGGUGUACAUCAAGCUGAAGGAGUGGUACAGUCGUCCCGGAGACGUUGGUGAGGAGUAUUUGGAUCACUUCAACAACCUGGUCCAAACGAGGCUUGCAAGCACGAUCCUCGGCAAGAUGUCUAACUUCAUUCCGCGCACCUACACAUUCUACAUGCUGGCCGCCGCCAACCUGCCCUGGCUCUCCGACUCCUUAUCGAGGGCCAUUUGGCAGGUUGUGCCAGCGCCAGUGGAGAAUCCCGUCAUGGCGUUUGCACAUAUUCUUCUGGAAACAUGGCAGCAUUGUUCGCCUUACUUCUUGCUGACCUCCCGCUCGCUGACGCUAUUUGUCGGCGUGCGUGGCUCGGGCAUCGUGUGUUUGGCGCUCCUUGGCCUGAACUUGCGCAGAUGCCAGGGGAAACGAUCCCAGGAGCAACUCGCAGCGGCCACAUGGUCGACCGAUACUCAGAAAGAGUUAGAUCGGAGCUGUGAUCCCAGUUGCUGUGAUCGAUUGCAGCAGUCCCACAUCUUCCAGGUUUUCCGCGUAAUGUAUGCGGGCAGACGGUGCCACGGCCAUGAGAACGCGGGGGCGACCUGCUACCUUCAGGCCUCCCUGACGAUUCUGGCCCUACACGAAGAGCUACUUCAAGCUGCUCCGCCCGAAGACAAAGGGCUCCACCAGGAGAUCUGCAACGUCAUCCAGCUGUCCCGGGUGGAGCGGGUGCAGCAACAGCACCUGGACUCUUUGGAACGCCGUCUUGCCAAGCGCGAUCUCGUCUACCAUGGUCAGCAGGAGGAUGCCGUCCGAAUCUUGGAGGAGCUCCUGCCACUGUGCGGGGGCCCCAAGUUGGACCUCCAGCCCUUUACCUGCGCGGAGCCUCGGGUGCUGGCAGCGCUGAUGUUGGAGGAUACAGAAGUGAAGCUGCCUCCUCCUGAACCAGCCUACAUCUUGCGAGUCCCGCUCCCAGACUCCAGCGUCCUCCGCUCCUUCCGCGGAGACCUUGAGGCAGCUUUACAGUCGGCCGUGCUCGCCCAGGUGGAGGACUGCGAGGUUGAGAUGGCGAACGGACAGACCUUGCGGGUUCCUGCCGCCACCCGGGCGAUGAAGCGGAUGCCGCAUCGGCUCCCACCAUUGCUGCUGCCCCUUUGCGUCGAGCGCUGGAAUGUCCAGGGGCCCUCCAUGAGCAAGCAAGACGACGCCAUCACCGUGCCACUGGAGGGCCUUCAUCUUCCCCUCCUGCCGCCCUCGCACAAUCAGCUUGCGCUGCCAGACUUGGAGCUGUGGGCUUAUGACCUUCGUUCCUUCAUCGUCCACCAGGGGACUCUCAGUGCGGGCCACUACGUGGCUUACUAUCGGACCACCAGCGGCUGGCAAGUGGUGGACAACGCGAGUUGCCAGAGCAUCUUGCACAAAAUCCCCGAAACCCUCAAACCUUGA